AUGACACUUAAUCUCGAAAAAUGCCGGCUCUGCCUUAAACUUGGCAAUUUCUAUUCCAUCUUUACUAAAGAUAAUAACCUGCAACUUGCUGAAAUGGUGAUGGAAUGUGCUCGAGUUAAGAUACACAUGGGUGAUGGAUUGCCUGAUAAGAUAUGCACAGAGUGCAUUCAGAAACUCAGCAGUGCAUACAUAUUCAAACAACAGUGUGAAAGAUCUGACCAAGAGUUAAGACGCCACUAUGUGUCUCAACAAACUUGCAGUUCGUCAUCAACAACAAAUAUCCAGAGCAGUGUUACUAAAACGAAUAACUCCUGCGACAACAAAUCAAAUCAAUCUUUAAAUGAUAACAAUACUUUUUCAAUUGAAACCAAUACCGAAAAAAGUAACACUCCUACCCUAUCAUCAAAAGUGUGCCUUCCCGAAUCUAGUGCUAAUAGAAUAAAUAAGAAAUCUUCAGUUCUUCCCAACACAAGGAAAAAGCUUGCCAGCCAAAAACAAAAAACAAUUCUACAAAAACAGGAACAUAAAAGAAUAAGCAAGAGAAAUGGGAGUAACAACUUGAAAGCACAGUCCUCUGUCAGCAGCAAUAAAAUUAGUAAAGCGAAAAGUAUUGGUUUAGGUGUAACGAAAUCAUCAUCUAACACUAAAAAUAUGCCGGAUGUUAGAGAAACAAAGCUCAAUCUAAAAUGUAAUAAAUGUAGCGAAACAUUCAAGUUGAAUAUCAUGCUAAAGCGACAUUUGCAAAAUUGUAGCAAAUCCUCUCGCAAGUCAAUACAGGAAAUUCCAGCGAGUCCACAACAACUUGUCAAUUUCAGUUGCGAAAUAUGCACAGCAAAGUUUAGAACAAUGCAGAAUUUGCAAAAGCAUAUGAAGGUAGUUCAUACAACAGUCCUGAAACAAGUGUCGCAUGAAACAAAAGUUGUAUCCGUAAAAAUUAACAUGCCAUGCCUGUAUUGUAAUGUUUCAUUCAGCAGUUAUUCAGUUUAUUGUGCACAUUUCAAUUCUUGUUCUAAAAAAUAUGAUAUCUCUACAUUUGUGUGUCCGAUAUGUCACAGAAAAAUAAUUGGAAAAAGUGCUUAUUUCAUUCAUAUUAAAAAUUUUCACUUUGAGCCACAAGAAGACGUAAAGCUUACUAUGGACAUUAAACCAUCUUCAUAUAUGUGCUGCUUAUGCAGUAUAGUAUUGUCAACACCUGAGUUGCUUAAAAAACAUCUUGAAAGCCACAGGUCCAUUUCAAUUGCAACAAGUGUGUCCAACGAGUCAAGAGCGAGUAUCUCAGAGAAAACAGCAGAUAUAUUUUCCGUCACUAACAAGCAUAAAUUGUCAUCGACCGAAGAAAAUUUUAACCUGGAACAGCAACAUGAUCCAGAAAAACGUGCAAUAAUAGUAAAAUCUAUAGAUAUUACAUGA